AUGAAGUUCUCAACUACUCUUUUGCCCCUUGCGGCGGUUUCUACUGCCUUCGUUAUUCCUGAUGAACAGAUUACCAAUCAGAUCAUCACUGAAUCUCAGACAAGUUCAAAGACAUGGCUCGAUAAAAUUUCAGAGACUAAAGACAAUGUUUUCUCCCAUGCCGAAAAAUCCUUCAAAGAUGCAGUUGCAUUCAGUGGGAAUGCUUUCGACAAUGCCAUCGAUAGCCUUUCCGAGGUUGGCGGCAAGGCCCAAAAUGUCAUUGAAUGUCAUCACUCAAUGACAAAGUUCGAUAUAACCGGCUGGUUAGACUCUGCUAUUUCUGCUGUCGAGGAUAUUGAUAUCUUUGAUCACCCUCACGAGAAGCCUCCCCACCACGGAAACCCGCACCAUCCGAAGAAUCCACAUCAUGGUCAUGAAAAGCCUAAUAGAACUGUCUACGAAUUAAUCGCUAGUAGCAAGUAUACUACCAAGCUUGCCAAGCUCAUCAACGAAUAUCCUGAUAUUGUUGAUGCUUUGAAUGGCACAAAGGCCAACUACACAGUAUUUGCACCGACUGAUGAAGCAUUUGAGAAGAUCCCAGAUCACCAUAAGAAACCUUCGAAGGAAUUGAUCAAGGCUGUCCUCCAAUACCAUGUAUCUCCAGACUUCUAUCCAGCCGGCCGUGUCCUCGUUUCGCACACUAUUCCAACUACAUUGGAUGAGAGUAGUCUUGGGGAUGAGCCUCAACGUCUUCGUAUUGGUCUAGGUCUCAAAGGGUUGGCUGUCAAUUUCUACAGCAGAGUAGUUGCUGUCAAUAUUUUCGGAACAAACGGAGUAAUUCACGGCGUCGAUUCACUUCUCCUCCCACCUCCUCCAGCUCUCAAAAUCAUUGAACUCCUUCCGGGCGAAUUCUCAACUCUUCAGCUCGGUCUCGAAAAAACAGGCCUCUUCGAUUCUAUUGCUUCAGCACCACACACAGGAGGAACAUUAUUUGCACCAAGCAACUGGGCAUUCCAAAAGCUUGGCCCUAAAAUCAAUGCAUUCCUCUUCAGCAAAUACGGCGAAAAGUAUCUAAAAGCCCUUCUCAAAUACCACGUCGUUGCAAACCAAACUCUUUACUCUGAUGCUUUCUACAAAGCCAAGUCAGAUGAUAAGAGCCUCAACCUUGUUGAUGAGAUCGAUGCUGCGGAUAUCCCCAAGGGGCAUUUCCACGUCGAUCUCCCUACCUUGUUAGAAAACAAGAGUCUCAGCAUCGACAUUGGAAGAUUUGGCGGUUUAAUCACUAUCAAGAUUAAUGGAUUUAGUACCGUUAGUGUCCAAGAUGGCAUUGCAAAGGAUGGCGUUAUUCAUGUUUUGAGCUCGGUCUUAAUCCCACCCAAGACUCCAGGUGGAGUAAUGUGGGCUGGUGAAGAAUUGGAAGUGGAGGAUUUAAUGGAGAGAUUAAUUCCCUAUAUGAAUGAGGAAUUGUAA